AUGCACCUGAUCUGGUCUUCAUUCGGGCGUCGCUGUUUCUACUACGUCCCCAAACCCAUGAGCUGGGCUCGGGCGGAGAAAAACUGUAGGUCCAUGCGUGGUAGCCUUGCAUCGGUACACAGCCUCAAAGAGUACCAUGCAAUUCAGAGCCUGAUCAAGUAUGCCACUCAUGAGGAUAAGGAAGCAUGGAUCGGAGGCUCGGAUGCACAUGAGGUGUCAGCUGUCACCUUGAGUCUGUCACUGCCCAGUAGCAUUCGCCUUCCAACUCGCCCAGAAGCAGAGGCUGGAAAUGAGAUUGCACCUGUGAUUCAACAAGACAGGAUCCUUGUGGGGAAGAGACAGACCUACUGUCCCAGCGGUUGGACAGGGUACAAAGGUCGCUGCUUCCGCUACGUUCCAACUGCCAUGACGUGGGCUCGGGCUGAGAGAAACUGUCAGUCCAUGGGUGCGAACCUUGCGUCAGUCCACAGCGCUGAUGAGUACCACGAGAUUCAGAAGAUGGUAGUGACAGUCACUCACGCAUACAGAGAAGCAUGGCUCGGAGGCACGGAUGCACCACAGGAGGGCAUUUGGCUGUGGAGCGACGGGACACCUUUCAACUAUCGACACUGUGGAGGGUUCAAUAACUACAAGGGCCAGCAGCACUGCUUACAGAUGAACUAUGGAGCUGACAACUGCUGGGAUGACGUGAGUUGCACCAUAGAUCGCCCAUUUGUUUGUGCCAAAAAGCCCUGAGGGGUCACAAGCUGCAACACCAGCCAGAACCAUGAGCACUGGAGGAUGUGUCUGUGCCAGCAG